GCAGACAUGGUGGUCCACCAUAAAGAGUUCCCCAAGGCAGGCCAGACAGAAGGCUUGCACAUUUGGAGAAUCGAGAGUCUGGAUCUGGUCCCUGUUCCCGAGAACUUACAUGGGAACUUUUACAUUGGAGAUGCGUACGUGAUUCUCUACACUAUCAAACAGAGGCUCACCUUUGCAUACCAUCUACACUACUGGCUGGGAAACGAGUGCAGCCAGGAUGAGAGUACUGCUGCGGCCAUCUUUACUGUGCAUUUGGAUGAUUACCUCGGGGGAAAGCCCGUCCAGUACAGAGAACUGCAGGGGGCCGAGUCUACAGCCUUCACCAGAUACUUCAAGAAAGGGAUCACUUACAAAGCAGGAGGUGUCGCCUCGGGUUUCCACCAUGUGGUCACUAAUGAACUUUCAGCGCAGAGACUCCUCCACAUCAAGGGCCGGAGGGUCGUCAGGGCCACCCAGGUCCCUUUCAGCUGGUCCAGCUUCAACAGCGGAGACUGCUUCAUCGUCGACCUCGGGGCUACAAUUUUUCAGUGGUGUGGAUCCAAGUGUAACAAGUAUGAGCGAACGAAGGCAGCACAAGUGGCCAGAGGUAUCCGUGACAAUGAGAGAAGUUCCCGUGCUGAACUGGAGGUUGUGGAAGAGGGAACUGAACCAUCGGAGUUAAUUGAUGUGCUUGGAGUCAAGCCAAAAGAGCUGCCAGAGGGGGAUGACGAUGAUGACACAGUGGCAGAUAUGUCCAACAGGAAAAUGGCUAAACUACACAUGGUAUCUGAUGCAUCAGGCUCCAUGAAAGUGACCGUUGUGAAGGAGGAAAACCCAUUCCACCAGAGCGACCUGCUCUCGGACGAGUGCUUCAUCCUGGAUCAUGGCAAUAGCAACAUUAUAUAUGUAUGGAAAGGACGUAAUGCCAACCCCAAUGAAAAAAAGGAGGCCAUGAAGACAGCUGAGAGGUUCAUCAAACAGAUGGGUUACGCAGCAAACACACAGAUCCAGGUGUUGCCAGAGGGUGGAGAGACUCCCAUGUUCAAGCAGUUCUUCAUUAGCUGGAAAGACAAAGACCAGAGUGAUGGUUUUGGCAAGGUGGUCGUCACUGAGAGGAUUGCAAACAUCCAGCAGGUAGAGUUUGAUGCCUCCAAGCUUCAUGAGUCCCAGCACAUGGCAGCCCAGUACAACAUGGUGGAUGAUGGCAGUGGAGAGACAGAGAUCUGGAGGGUGGAGAGCAUUGGCAGAGUUCCUCUUGACCCAAAAAACUACGGCCAAUUCUAUGGUGGGGACUGUUACAUCAUCCUGUACACUUACAAGACUAGUAGCCAUAUCAUCUACACCUGGCAAGGAGCCAGCUGCUCUGUGGAUGAACGAACAGCCUCGGCCUUCUUGACUGUAUCACUGGAUCGUUCACUCAAAGGGAAUGCUGUUCAGGUCAGAGUGUGCCAGGGUAAGGAACCCCCACAUCUGCUGAGUCUCUUCAAGUCUAAGCCCCUCAUUGUAUAUAAGAGUGGUACGUCCCGGCUCGGAGUUCAUGCCCCCCCACCUCCAAUCCGACUCUUCCAGGUACGACGGAACCUGGGCAGCAUCACCAGGAUAGCUGAGGUCGAUGCCUGUGCAGCCAGUCUGAACUCCAACGAUGCCUUCCUGCUGAAGAUGACUGCCGGGCGGGGCUAUAUGUGGAUGGGCAAAGGGGCCAGUAAAGAAGAGGAAAAGGGAGCUGAGUACAUGAGCGAAGUGCUGAACUGCCGCAGCAAACGCAUCAAGGAAGGAAAGGAACCAGAUGAAUUCUGGGCAGCAUUAGGAGGAAAAACAAAGUACCAGACAUCAGAAGGACUGGAGAGUGAGACCAUGACUCACCCCGUUCGUCUGUUCGGAUGUUCCAACAAGACCGGCAGGUUCAUAAUUGAGGAGGUUCCAGGAGAGUUCACACAGGAUGACCUGGCUGAGGAUGACGUGAUGCUGCUGGAUGUGUGGGAUCAGGUGUUCGUCUGGAUUGGAAAGGAUGCCAACGAGGUGGAGAAGGCUGAAUCUGUCAAAUCUGCCAAACAGUACAUAGAGACCGACCCGAGCGGCCGGGACAAGGACACUCCUGUGGUGGUGGUGAAACAAGGCUAUGAACCCCCCACAUUCACAGGCUGGUUCCUGGGCUGGGACCCCUCCCACUGGGACUCUACAUGAGCAUGAGGUCCAGAUUAAACAGAUGUAUUGAUCCGGGACAAACAGUUUUAUAUAAUCAGUCUGAUCAAAGAAAUGCAUUCCUUGAUAAAUGUGCUUGUAUAAAUUUCUUGGCGCACAACCCACAUGUCACGACUUUCUUAGAACCGCCCUGAAUUGUGUAUUUAUUUAAUAUCUGAGUAUCUAUUGCUAGUGGUUCCCAAACUGGCAUCUGAAUGGGGGAACAUCAGAAAAGGUUUGGGAACCACU